AUGAAUUUUUCCACUUAUUCUGGAUUCAUAAGGAUUGUUGUUACCAGCGAAGAGAUUAUCUGUACUAAGGUCUCGACUACGAACGAGCUUGCGCCGCUCCAGCAUCGUACACCACAAUGGCAUUUCUAUGUAUGGGGCGGGCGGGCGGCUGCAGCUCGACGAGUGGGCGGCGGCGCGGCCGGUAGAGUGCCGCACACAUGCGCUCGCGCCAUGUGGCGCGUGCUGCUGGCCCUCGGGGCCGCGUGCGCUGCCGCGCGCGCCUCUCAAGAUGUGGUGCUCAGCUUCACCGACCCGGUGUCUGCACCUUUCUCGUUCUUCAAUCACCUUGCCGUCGAUCGCAACACUGGCCGGGUGUACAUCGGCGCCGUGAACAGAAUCUACCAGUUAUCUCCGGACCUGGAGGUUGCCCAGUCGAUCGUUACGGGCCCCGUUAACGACUCUGCCCUCUGCACCUUCGAUUGUCCUUCUAAUUAUGUGAAGAAGCCUACAGACAAUGUGAACAAAGCCUUAGUGAUUGACUACGCUACCAGCCGCCUCAUUACGUGCGGUUCGGUGCUGCAAGGGCUGUGUUCUGUACGUAAUCUGAAUAAUAUCUCUCUUGAUGUGCGCGAGGUCCGCGAACCUGUUGUUGCAAAUAACGCCACCGCCUCCACUGUGGCGUUUAUUGCUUCGGGACCGCCGAAUCCACCUAUGACCCAAGUUAUGUACGUGGGCGUCACUUUCACGGGCAACUCUCCCUACCGUUCGGAAGUUCCUACUGUAAGUAGUCGCUCACUCGAAGAUGAUCGUCUAUUUAUGAUAGCUAGAACAGCAGUUACCACUGGAACAAGAAUGUUUGUCAAUUCCCUUUCCCGUGAACGGUAUCCAAUUAAUUACGUUUACGGCUUCAGCUCUGAUGGAUUUAGUUACUUUUUGACGACUCAGUUGAGAGGUGUGGGCUCAGAUACAUAUUACAGCAAACUAGUUCGAGUAUGCCAUGACGAUGAGAAUUAUUAUUCCUAUACUGAGAUCCCUAUGUCAUGUACGGGAGAAGGAGGCGGAAACUAUGGUUACAACCUUGUUCAGGCAGCGUUUGUUGGAAAAGCUGGAUCAGUGUUAGCUGGAGAACUGGGCAUCACUGCUCAACAUGAAGUGCUGUUCGCUUCUUUCAGUCAGAGUGAGUCUAUCAACACUAAUACUCCUUCGGAUUUGUCCGCGCUCUGUGUCUAUUCACUGAAAGCAAUCCGACGUAAGUUCAUGCAGAAUAUAAAGACAUGCUUUAGCGGCAAUGGUUCUAGAGGACUUGAUUUUAUAUCACCAUCUCAUUCAUGUAUAGGGACAAAGCUUCAAUCGAUAAGCGAAGAUUUCUGUGGAUUAGACGUGAAUACUCCUUUAGGAGGCGAGCAACCAGUGGAGGCGGUACCAGUGGCUAUAUUUUCAAAGAGGCUAACGGCAGUGGCAGCUACGGCUACCGGUGACUACACAGUUGUAUUCGCCGGCACCGCACAGGGUCACCUCAAGAAAAUUGUCGUCGAGAGCGCGACGUCCGCGUUCGAGUACGGUGACAUCGUCGUCGACGAAGGUUCUGCUGUCAACAAAGACUUAUAUUUCGAUACUCAAUCUAUGCAUUUAUAUGUAAUGACUGAACGUAAAGUGUCUAAAGUGAAAGUUCAAGAGUGCAGCGUAUAUAAAUCGUGUUUAACGUGUCUCGGAGCCAAAGACCCAUAUUGUGGAUGGUGUUCUUUAGAGAAUAAGUGCAGUUUGCGAUCGGACUGUCAGGAAGCAGCUAAAGAUCCACUGUAUUGGAUUUCAUACCGUAGCGGUCGAUGUACUACUAUCACCCAAGUGACACCAAAUCAAUUGCAACGAACGACUGCUAGAACAUUAGAUUUACUUAUAGAAAACUUGCCCACGCUUAAUGGACAAUUCUUGUGUGCAUUUACAGCUUUAGAUCGUACUCUUAUUACGAAUGCUACUAGGAAGCCAUAUGGUGUUAACUGUACCACCCCGCGUACCGACACACUUCCAUCGAUCCCCACCGGUCAACAUCACUUUACAGCAAAAUUGUCGGUGCGCACUACACAGGGACCCGAUUUUGUUGCUACCAAUUUUACCUUUUUCGACUGCAAUACGUACAGCUCGUGCACGCAAUGUGUUAGCUCCUCAUUUCCUUGCGAUUGGUGUGUAGACGGUCACCGUUGUACACAUGACACUGCCGAAAACUGUCGGAAUGAUAUAUUAGUGACCGGCGUCAGUAGAAUCGGUCCCAGUUAUCGCUCCGGUCCGGGUUUCUGUCCAACUAUAAACUCAACGUCCGACGGCACCAACGAGAUUUUAGUUCCAUCCGGUGUUAAGAAAGCCAUAAAAGUAAAAGUUCACAUAAUAGGUCAAUUUAUCGUUCAGACGAGAUUCGUUUGUCAAUUUAAUAUAGAGGGGCGAGUGACUCAUGUUAACGCUCAACUUCUUGCUGACACUAUUUACUGUGAAGCCGUUGAAUUUACGUAUACGUCGCGUGCUCCAAAUAUCACCGCCUCUUUCGCUGUCAUAUGGGGAGGAUCGAAACCUUUAGACAAUCCGGAUAAUACUCACAUUCUUAUAUACCGUUGUAAUGAUAUGGCAGAUAAUUGUGGUAUGUGCUUAGCGCUCCCAGAGAAAUUUGGAUGUGGUUGGUGUCAAGGAUCAGAUAGAUGUGAAGUACAAGAACAAUGUGGUGUGCCCAGUGUGUGGUUAAAUCGUACUCAGACAUGUCCUAAUCCUGAAAUUCACUCGUUUAAGCCCAAGUCAGGUCCAUGGGAUGGAGGCACUAAUAUUACAAUUGAAGGUAUAAAUUUAGGUCGUAAUAUAUCCGAUAUCUAUAAUGGCGUUACGAUUGCUGGAAUUAAAUGUCAACCGAUUAUUGAGCUUUACGUAAAAACUAAGCAAAUUGUCUGUACUGUAGAUGGUCCGGGUGAGGAAGUGCCACGGGAUGGUCCCGUGGUAGUUCGUGUAGCAGAUUAUCGCGGCGAAUCAAAAUAUCAUUAUGCGUUUGUUAAUCCGAAACUUAAUUCUAUUCAACCCAAAUACGGUCCUCAAUCGGGUGGCACAAAACUACGUAUUACAGGCGAAUAUCUUGAUGCGGGCAGUAACAUACAGGCCUUCAUAGAUGAUUUGCCAUGUGCUAUUCUGUCUGUGUCGCACGAUGAAGCCAUUUGUAGAACUAGCCACUCCUACCAAAAUAAAAUGGGCACGCUUCGGAUGCGUUUCGAUAACGGCAUGAGAACUUUAGAACGAGAAAAGUUUGAAUAUAUGGAGGAUCCUAUUGUCGCCUCCGUAGAGUCUGGACCGCCAUUAACGACGCAAAGAAAACAACCUAAGGGCAUUCCGUCCGGAGGGAUAAACAUCAAAGUAACCGGACAAAAUUUCCAUACCAUUCAAUUUCCGCAGAUAUACGUGUAUCACGAUAAUCGACCUUACAUUGCUCCCUGUCACAGAGUUGAUCAAUCGCAUCUCAUUUGUGAAUCUCCCGGUAUAGAAAGUGCUAGUCUCAAUCUAGAUCCCGAUAGACCCUUAGAAUUAGAGUACGGUUUUAAUAUGGAUGAUGUUCAAAGCGUGCAAAACCUCACCAGCAAGACGGGCGAAGCUUUCCUUCUAUACCCAGAUCCUAUUUAUGAAAAAUUCGAUGAAGAUGUGAAGUAUUAUAAGUCUGAAUAUUUAACUAUUAAUGGUCAAAACUUGGAUAGGGCUUGUACUGAGAGUGAUGUAGAAGUUCACAUAGGAGAUAGUAUGUGUAAUGUGACAUCGGUGUCAAGACAUCAAUUAACUUGCCGUCCUCCAUCGCGCGAUGAACUUCCCGACGGCGUAGAUACACCCGAAGUAAUAGUCAAAGUUGGACGCGCUCUCACGUACAAGAUUGGCAAAUUAUCUUAUUCAUCGCAGGCCGGACUGCAAGCAGCUUUAGGAAAGCCAGCCUUAAUAGGUAUUAUUAUAGGCGCCGGCAUUCUCCUUGUGAUAUUCUUCGGAUUUCUGGUUAUGUAUAGGAGGAAAUCUACUGAAAAUAUUAGAGUUUUGAAGAAUAUGCAGGAGCAAAUGGAUAUUUUAGAAUUAAGAGUAGCAGCUGAAUGCAAGGAGGCGUUUGCAGAGUUGCAAACAGAAAUGACUGAUUUAACUGGAGACGUGACGGGUGGCAUACCUUUCUUAGAUUAUCGCACGUACGCCAUGAAAAUAUUGUUCCCUAACAUCGACGACCAUGCCGUCCUGCAAUGGGAGCGUCCAGAGCUUAUUAGAAAAGAGAAAGGUCUCCGAAUGUUUGGCCAGUUAAUUAUGAACAAAACAUUCCUUUUAUUAUUUAUUCGUACUUUAGAAAGCAAUAGAUAUUUUUCAAUGCGUGAUCGUGUUAAUGUAGCUUCUCUUAUUAUGGUUACUCUUCAGAGUAAAAUGGAAUAUUGUACUGAUGUUUUAAAGACGUUAUUAGCAGAGUUAAUAGAAAAGUGUAUGGAAGGAAAGAAUCAUCCCAAGCUGUUGCUGAGGCGCACCGAAAGUGUUGCGGAAAAAAUGUUGAGCGCUUGGUUUACUUUCCUAUUAUAUAAAUUUCUUCGUGAGUGUGCUGGCGAACCAUUAUAUCUAUUAUUUAGGUCAAUGAAGGGUCAGGUUGAUAAAGGACCUGUAGACGCGAUUACAUCAGAGGCUCGAUAUUCCCUUAGCGAGGAAAAGUUAAUUAGGCAGUCUAUAGAUUUUAAACACAUGACGGUUACCGUGUCGAUAUCGCAACAGACAUUGUUUGUUAGUGGUUUAGAGGCUACUACUGAAAACGUUCAAGUUAAAGUUCUCGACUGUGAUACAAUAAGUCAAGUAAAAGAGAAGUGCUUAGAUGCAAUUUACCGUGCAACUCCGUACUCACAAAGACCAAGUCGUGAUGACCUCGACUUAGAAUGGCGUACGGGCACCUGCGGUCGCUUGAUCCUCUACGAUGAGGACACCACUACUAAAUGCGAAGGCGAAUGGCGUAAACUCAAUACUCUUAAUCAUUACCGCGUACCGGACGGUGCCUGUCUUAGUCUCGUCGCGAAACAAAGUUCCGUAUAUAAUCUGUCAAACAUGGAGAAGAAUGACAAAUCUCAUACAUAUGAAACUCUCAACCGCGGUAAAUACGGUUCGGCAAGUCCACCUGCAAGCCCUCUUAAAUACGAACACGGCGGUGGUUUCAAAUACUGGCAUUUGGUAAGACACCAUGACGAUGACGCGCGCAAAGAGGGAGAUCGUGGCAAUAAAAUGGUUUCAGAAAUAUAUCUCACUCGUCUUCUCGCCACCAAGGGCACUCUGCAAAAAUUUGUCGAUGAUUUAUUCGAGACUAUUUUUAGCACUGCGCACCGCGGCUCGGCUCUUCCACUCGCUAUAAAGUAUAUGUUUGACUUCCUCGACGAUCAGGCGUUGCAGCACACUAUUUCCGAUCCCGAAGUGGUGCACACCUGGAAGAGUAAUUCCCUUCCGCUUCGUUUUUGGGUGAAUUUAAUUAAGAAUCCUAACUUUGUCUUUGAUGUUCAUAAGUCUAACACGGUAGAUUCUUGCUUAUCAGUAAUUGCGCAAACUUUCAUGGACUCGUGUUCAACUUCAGAUCACAUUCUUGGUAAAGAUUCCCCAUCGUCCAAACUUUUGUACGCGAAAGACAUACCGGUUUACAAGGAGUGGGUGGAGCGUUAUUAUGCGGAUAUAAAGUUAAUGCCUGCGAUAUCCGACCAGGACAUGAACGCCAUGCUUGCGGAGGAGUCGCGCCUCCAUACUAAGGAGUUUAACACGAACUGUGCGCUGAACGAGCUGUACGCGUAUGCAGAGAGGUACAACGAGCAACUAACGGUGACCCUCGAGGAGGACGAGUUCUCGCAGAAACAGCGGCUCGCGUACCGCCUCGAGCAGGUGCACGGGCUGAUCGCGCAUGACUAUAACGUGUGA